AUGAAUAUAACAGACUCAAGCAACAAUGCAAGUACUUAUGCUUCCGAGCAAGCUCGAUAUGAAAGCUUUUUCCAAUCAGCGUGGGGCACGGAGAUUUCAUACCGAACAGAGCUAGCGCGAUGGUUUUACUUUACAGGAAUAUCGCGACAGGUUAAAUGUUUUUUCUGUGGAUACCUCUACCACGCCUCAAUCUGGCAAGAUUUACACUGGAUUGAACAUCGUCUUCAUUCAUCAGAUUGUCCUUUCAUCCAAGGUCUUCCUUGUGGUAAUAUACCAAGAUCUAUAUCAACUGUUGUUCUACAGGAAAACACGCCUCUAAGAGUCAUGGUUAAUUAUGAAAAUGAAGAAUCAAGGAUAGUACAGAAUAAUCCUUCACAUUCUAAUAACACUGCAGAGGAUCGAGCUGGUAUCAUUUUCAGAAUCAUCAAUCGACGACGAUACUUUAAGCCGCUGAACCUUCAGUUUAGAACACUACAAAGUCGGACUGAAACUUUCUCAAAUUGGCCGAUCAAUGAGAUAAUAACACCCAAAGAACUUGCAGAGGCCGGAUUCUUUUACACUAGAGUAUACGAUCACACCAGAUGUUUCAACUGCAAUGGAACAAUCUCAAAUUGGGAGAGAGGAGAUAAUGCAUGGGCUGUCCAUGCAUAUUACUUCCCUAAAUGUAGUUAUCUAUAUUUGAAGCGAGGACAGAUGUUCGUAGAUGAUAUCAACUCCCAACAGAUACAGUUACUCCCUACAGAGCUACCACAACCCACUGAUGAUAAGGACAGAUACACUUGCAAGAUAUGUCUCGACAAAGAAAUCGGUACAGUAUUCGCACCAUGUGAUCACGCUAUCUCUUGCAUCGAUUGUGACACAGCUUGA